ACUGGUUUUAGCAUUGUUAAGUAACAUCAUUCUUAUAAUAGUCGCCGUUUAACUUAUUUAACAUCGGUUAAGCAGAAUGAAAGUGCAUCUGUUUGCGAAUUUAUUUGUUUUAAUUUUUGCUUGUAAAAAUGUGGAAAGUUCGAAGAUAUUGGGUGUUUUUCCUAUGGCAGCUCAUAGUCAUUACACAUUAGGUUUUACAUUAAUGAAAGAAUUGGCAGAAAGGGGUCAUGAAGUUACUUUUAUUACACCUUAUAGACAUAAAGAAGAUAUCGAGAAUUUGAAACUUGUUUCUGUAGAAGAAGUCGUUGAAGGAGUUACAGAACAAAAAAAACAACUUUACAACAUGCACGAAUGGAGUUUUUAUUACCAAGCUAAAUUCAUUCUUAAUAUUGGUAUAGAUUUUACAAGAAAAAUCUUUAAUAUUAAAUCAGUAAAGGAUUUAUUGAGGAGCAAGGAGAAAUUUGAUGUUAUUAUUAUGGAAAAUUUCAUAAAUGACGCUUUUAUCGGAUUGGGUAAUCACUUUAAGGCACCUGUGAUAUUAAUAGCGCCAGGGCCUACAACGUACCUAUGUAAUUAUUUUGUUAGUAACCCUUCACCAUCAUCAUAUGUGCCUAAUAUUGCCUCUAGAUUUAGCUCUGAUAUGACUCUAAUUGAGAGAAUGAAGAAUUUAUACUAUGACAUAUUAGGAGAAUAUUUAAUACAUCUAUAUGCCAUACCAAAACACAAUGAAAUAAUGCAAGAAUAUUUACCUGGUACUCCAAAUUUACGCGAGAUAAUGUCCAAUGUCAGUUUAAUCCUAACAUCAUCGCAUGUUAGUAUAAACACUCCAGCACCUACAGUACCUGCAGUCAAAGAAAUAGGUGGUUAUCACGUUAGUAAACCUGAAAAAUUACCAAAUGAUUUACAGGAGUUUUUGGAUAACGCCAAAGAAGGGAUCGUAUUGUUUUCUUUGGGAUCGAACUUACAGAGCUCUGAUUUACCAGAACACAUGAAAAAUGCUAUUUUAAAAACGUUAUCUAAGCUCAAACAGAAAGUCUUAUGGAAGUUUGAGGUGGACAUACCAAACAAACCUAAGAAUGUCAAGAUUAUGAAUUGGUUACCACAAAACAGUGUUUUAGCACACCCAAAUAUAAAACUUUUUAUCUCACAUGGAGGUCUUCUAAGUGUUAUAGAGUCAGUACACUAUGGCGUACCUAUUCUAGGAAUACCAGUGUUUUGGGAUCAAGAAUUUAACAUAAGAUCUGCUGAAAACAAUGGUUUUGCCAUUAACUUACCUUUUAAAGAAUUAAACGAAAGGACAUUCUCAACUGCUGUAAAUGAUCUCCUUAAUAACCCAGAAUACACAAAAAAUGUUAAAUCAAGACAAAAAAUUCUUCACGAUCAACCUUUAACUCCUAUGGAUACAGCCGUAUAUUGGAUUGAAUAUGUUAUACGUCAUAAUGGUGCACAUCAUCUAAAAUCGCCAUCAUUGAAGCUAAAAUGGUACCAAAUAAAUAUGUUGGAUAUUGCAAUUAUUUUAACGUUGUUUACUAUACUUUUGUUUGUUAUUUUUUAUUUUAUUAUCAAGCAUAUUAUUAGCAUGUUUGGUGACACAACGGCUGUUAAAGCUAAAAAAAAUUAAUAAAU